AUGAACAAAGGUUGCUGCUCAAAAUGUCAGGCUAAAUCAAAGAAGACGAAGAAAUCGAAGAAGCUCAAAGAGGAGUCUUCUGAUGAGGAGACCGAGGAGCAAAAGAAAGUUUCAGAGAACGAGAAUCCGAAAACAGACGCCAAAGAGGAAAAAAGAUCUAACGAAACUUCAGAUGAGAAGGAUACGAAUAAGAAGAAGAAGAACACUCUCACAUGGCAACACUCAAGUACAAUGAAAGAGAAGGGUCAUGGAGUUAGGCCGCCUUGUUUCACCGCUAGGCCGAUGAUGUACCAUGGUAGAGGCAAUCCUCCAAACUGGUGGCCGACGUCUGCAGUCCCGAGAGGCGGCUUUUCUCCAGCAUUUUCGAGGGCACCAAUGUGUGGACCAUACGGUGGCGGUGGUCCAUUUCAACCACACCAAUUCAGGACUCAUGCCCCAAUGUGCGGACCAUAUGGUGGCGGUGGUCCGUUUCAACCGAACCAAUACAUGAGUCAAGCCCCAAUGUAUGGACCAUAUGGUGGCGGUGGUUUAUUUCAACCGAACCAAUACAUGACACAAGCCCCAAUGUAUGGACCAUAUGGUGGUGGUUUUCACAUUCCACCAUAUCCGCCUAUGGCUCGACCUGCUCUUCCUCCCUAUUUGCAAAACAGACCGCUCAUGGAUGCUAAUCCUAUAAAGCGUUACACUACCUAUAGAGACAAUUACUCCUUUGGCCUCUUCUAA